UAAACAGUCUUCUUCGGUGAAUAGGUGUUUGUAACACCUGUAUCUGUAUAUUAAAAAAAAAAAAAAAAAACAGGAAAGGAAAACGAUUUGUGAUACCUAGUUGAUUUGUGACGUAUAUGUAGUUGCAUUUAUUUCGAAAGGGAAGGAAAGUGUUUUUGCCCUGCGGAACUUCGCGAAUAGUUGUUUGGAAUUUAAUAAUUUUUUUCUUUUUUUACGACAGUCACAUGAAUCAUAGAUAAGGAAAUUCUAUAUCUAAGUUUUUAAAAGCUUGAAAACAAUUUUGAAUUUACCAGGCGCAAGCGCUACGUGAUUCUUGGCUAAAACAGGGGGGUGCGGUUGUUACCAUGGAUCCCAGUAUUCUCGCCAACAUGGAUAAGGACGCACUGAAGAAGCAAAUUGAGAACAUGAAAUAUCAAGCGACUAUGGAGAGAUGGCCCUUAUCAAAAAGUAUUGCAGCGAUGCGCGAGUACGUGGAAGAAAAUGAAAAGAAUGACCCUUUGAUUCACGCACCCGAUAAGAAGAACAAUCCUUGGGCCGAAAAGGGCAAGUGCAUAAUCAUGUAAAUUCUAAAGGGCGAAAUGAUAAAUCUCUACAUGGCCAGAGUCACACAGAAAAGUCUCCGUGUCAUCAGAUCGUGGAUCGACAAUUAAGAAAAAUGAAAAAAAAAAAUGAAAAAAAAAUUCUAAAGGAAUUAUCCCUCGUCUAGUUCGACGACCAAGUGCCAAAGAUCGCAAACCAAAGAUAGAAAAGAGAAGAGAACUGCUACGAUUUUGGAACUGUGUGGCUUCGACCUUUUUCGAUUUUAUACUUCCACCUCAUCAAUCUUUAAAUCACUCUCAUUUUUUUCAUUCAUAUGGAUAAAUAUGCUGGAAACAGUGCCAUAAAACAUAUUCAAUUCCAAACUUAAAUAUUGCACCAAAAAAAGAAUGAUUGAAAUUUAGUUUUACAAUUAUUGUGGUGUGCCACAAAUUUUCCCAUUAAACGAAAAAUGUGAAUAUAAAAAGAUUCCUUCUGAAAUAAGGAAGCAAUUUGAGGGUAAAGAUGAUUUUUGCCAGACCAAACUAUUAUCACUAUUCAAAGAACUCGUGAGAAAUAUACUUUUUUCCAAACGCAACUUUUACAAUCUUGUAUACAAAAAUAUAAAAUCCGUCUUAUAUAACAUAAUUUUGCUUCGACAUUUGUCGCAGUAAAUUGCAAUCUUAACACUGAGGAAUGAAAAAUUUUUUUUUCUUCUUUUCAAAAAAAAAAUUGUUUAUUCUUUAUUGUGAUAACAUUAUUUUGAUUAAAGAAGCAAUUUGCCAACAAUUGUUUGAAAUUACAUAAUAAAAUGCUUCGUUUUUCAUUCCUCAAUGAAUGAAACCUUAGAAUAAACGACAAUAGGUACUGUUUUCUGCAAAAAUUUGUGUAUUUAUUGUUAUUAUUAUGAAUCGCCACACCAUUUAGCUGUACUUAUUUACUUAAAACAAGAAAUUGUACUUAAUAGUUAGCAAAUGGUAUUUAAUAUGUAAUUAUGAAAAAAAAAGUUUAUUUAUUGUAAUUGGGAUAAAUGAGACUGCCCAAGCGAAUAAUAAUCAUUUUUCCCAAGAGUACUUUUAUUGCUAAUGCGCGAUGCAAUAUUAAACUGAUUUUCGAUAUUCUGAUACGUGUACGUCAAUCAUUAUAAGUUGUUAAUUCUAUGUAAUAUGUAUAUUCAAACGAUUUCUUACGAAAAUACAAACGUCGUAUUUAAAAAUUA